AUGGCCGAGAGUCAGCCCCUUCUCGAGGAUCCUCUCUGCGAGGAAGACCUCUCAAAGCACCUGCUUGACUUCGACCCCAAUGGCGAUUCUGAAAACCCGAGGGAGUGGCCGCUGGCUUUCAAGUGGACCAUAGUCGGUCUGCUGGCGUGUAUGGCGUUCACUGUAACCUUUACCUGCAUCUCAGUCGUUCCUGUCGCUGCGCACAUCAUUGAUGACCUCGACCAUGACGAUGGCACCAACUCACCAGCGAGCGCUCUGCUUGUCACCAUCUGGGAAUUGGGCGAGGCCGCCGGGCCCCUACUCAUCGCGCCCCUUUCCGAGAUCUACGGCCGUCAGCCCGUCUUGAACGCCGCCAACAUCCUCUUCGUGACGGCCACCAUCCUCGCUGCGUUGAGUACCAGCACACCGCUCCUCAUCAGUGCCCGCGCCCUCACCGGCCUUGCUGUUGCUACCAAUGUCCUUAGCCCCGCCAUCAUCGGCGACAUGUUCGAGGCUGACCAGCGCGGCUCUGCCAUGAGCAUGGUCUCACUCGCACCAUUGAUCGGUGGUGCCGUCGGCCCCAUGAUCAGCGGCGCCAUUGCCCAGACUCUGGGCUGGAGACGUGUUCUGUGGAUGAGCGCCGGCUUGGCGGCUACGUGCGAGGUGCUGUUCCUGUUCUUCUUCACGGAGACGUACAAGAUGACCAUCCUGAGACGGCGCGCCGCCAAGGUGCAGCAUGAAUCUGGAGCUCCGCUUCACCCGGCCGGCGUCGAUGACCACAAGAGCAUGUUGAAGUUGUGGGAGUCGAUCAAGAGGCCUGGUACGGUCUUAUUCAAGUCCAGCGUCUUGCUUGCGCUGUCAUUCUUUGGUUGCAUCACAUUUGCAUAUUUCUACAUCAUGUCCAUCACUCUGCCCAACAUCCUGCAGGAGGUAUACGGUUUCUCGCCCACGUUGACCGGCCUCUCUUUCAUAGCAUUCAGUAUCGGCUCGUUCAUCAGCGUCGUUGUCAGUAACUUUAGCCUGGAUAGAAUCUACAUCAAGCUCCGUGGCAACGACCCAACCGGACGCCCCGAGUACCGUCUCCCGCUGGUCGUUGUCGGCGCUUUCGGCCUUCCCCUGACCAUCAUCGCAUACGGAUGGAUCGCCCAGUUCAAGCUUCCCGUAAUCUGGCUUCUCGUCUCAGUCGCGGUGCUGGGCUUCUUCCUACUGAUGUGUUCGCUGCCCCUGUCUGCCUACGUCGUUGAUGCGGCGGGCCUGUACAGCGCAUCCGCCAUGACCGGACUGAUUGUCACCAGAUGCCUGGCUGGCACUUUCCUCCCGCUCACCACCGGCCCCUUGAUCGAGUCGUUUGGCUACGGGUGGGCUUUCACUGUGUUGGGCGUCGGCAGUAUCUUUCUGGCUCCGAUUCCCAUCGCUCUGAUGAGAUACGGCCACGUUUGGCGCCAGAAGUCCGAGUACACGAGAGAUGCGUAA